UUCUCUGUCCAUGUCGCGCAUUGUUUUCCUCGCAACAGGCGGCGCAUAGCGAUUGUUGGGCGUUGAUUGAGUGAUCUGCGCUUUGUGUGAAGUGUUGGCUGAGUGUUCUAAGGACACCAUAAGUGUGUUAACCAGAAGAGGCCGUUGAUUUUAUGUAUAGUCCCUGAAGGCUGUGAAAUCUUCCCAGUUAUGCCAUCUCAUAGACACAGGCGUGACCGAACGGAAGUCAGCUGUUGUUUAAAAUAUGUUAUUUUUGGAUUUAAUAUAAUAUUUUGGUUCUUGGGAUUCUCCAUCCUGGCAAUCGGUGUGUGGGCAUGGUCAGAGAAGAACACAUUCAACAACCUCAGCAAGCUGACACACAUCCCAAUGGAUCCAGCUUUCAUGUUCAUCAUUGUUGGUGCCAUCACCUUCAUCAUCGGCUUCACAGGAUGUGUGGGAGCAUUGCGUGAAAACACCUGCCUCUUGGCAUUCUACGCUAUCUGCCUGGCGAUCCUGCUGCUGCUGGAGAUGACGGGCGGCAUCCUGUGCUUCAUCUUCAAGGACUGGUUCAAGGAGCAGGCCACCGAGGGCUUCCGCGCCUUCAUCGUCCACUACCGUGACGAUCCCGACCAGCAGAACCUCAUCGAUUGGAUACAGGAAGGCUGGCUGCACUGCUGUGGCGUGGAGGGCCCCAAGGACUGGGAUGGCAACCGCUACUUCAACUGCUCGGCUGUCGCCGUCGGCAGCAGCGAGGCCUGCGGCGUCCCCUUCAGCUGCUGCAUCCCAGAGGAGAAUGAGAUCAUCAGGAACAAGCAGUGCGGCUACGGCGUGAGAAGUCCUGAUUACCUGGGUGACAGGAGCGGCGUCAUUUACGAGCGCGGCUGCCUGCGCGCCGGCGAGGAUUGGGUGGAGCGCAAUCUGGUGCCGAUAGCCGGCGCCACGGUGGCCCUGGCCGUUCUGCAGCCGCUCGACUACUCGAAGAAGAUCUACGACCAGGGAUGCCUGACGGCUGGCGAAGCGUGGGUCGAGCGUAAUCUGCUGGUUGUGGCCAGUGUGGCCGUGAGUAUCGCCUUCCUGCAGAUUUUGGGCAUCUGCUUCGCGCAGAACCUUCGCGCUGAUAUAUUCGCGCAGAAGUCCAAGUGGGGCCGCUGACAGCGACUGCAGGCGGCCCGCCCCCCGGCCGGUCCGCUCGACCUCUGAGGUCACGCGGUGACCUCAGGGUCACCGGCCUGACCUCGGGGUCACCGACGUGACGAGAGGUCGCCGCUGCGGACUCGGCGUCGCCGCGGCGACCUGUCGUCGGUCUUGGGGCCGCCGCGCUGGGAGAUGCGAGUCGUCUCGGAAGUCGCUGCUGGACCGGCCGGGCCGCCGCCUGACCGGAUGUCGUUGGGCGACUUUUGGAACGACCACCGUCGUCCCGGGGGCACUGCCGUCACCAAGCAAAUAGUAUCUACUGACGCACUGUCGCGAGCUCUCGCCCGGCCGUUACCUCUGAGGUCGCUUCCUUGGCCUCGGAGGCCACACCUGAGGCCAUGCAACCUCGCGACAGCCCGUGGCCGAGGCAUCCGCCGUAACUCACCCUCACAGGCGCCCAUUGAAGACCCCGUGACCCGCCGGACCGGGGCGGCGCGGCCGCGGCGUGACGCGGUCGCGGUCGAUGGUGCCGCCGGCCGGAAUCUCCACCGGCGAUCGGAGGGACGCCGGCACCGUCCCGCCGCGCGCGUCGCCAGGCGUCUGCGUUGGGCCGGCGCGGCCGCUGCUCGGUCUGAAGAUCACGCUGUGCGCGACUUGAGGACGUGGGCAUGAGUGUGGUGGCACCGCGAGGUGUCGUCUGGACGUGCUCUGGGCGGUCACGUGGGUGCGGUGGAGCCCCCUGCCAAGAGAACGCGCUAUUCCAUGAAAUGCUCUCUCAAUGUGAUGUCGAGAUGUUAGCGGGUAGUCUCAGUAGGUUAGUGCUUACACUCGCUACAACGCUGGAGAAGGAUGCCAUGAUCUGGAGUGUGCCAGGUCAGGUCGCACAGAAAAUGCGCUCGUGCUUAACGCGUCGAUCUGCCAUUGUCACGCGCGCGUUAGUUCGCGAGUGCUCUGCGUGUGCAGAAAGCCGGGCUUAUCACGUGUGGUGCCUCGGCGGGAGCCGUUCGUUUCGCUGCCGCACGCACGCUGUCCUGUGUUUUGCUCCGGCAUGUGGUACCGGUGAGUUCCCUGAGGCGGGGAAGGAGAAACGCGUCGUCGAUGGGAUAACUCGUUUGCGCUCUGGUGGCGUCUUCAGGCGCCACCAGGUCUGUCAAAGGAGGGUCUGUCAGGUCUGUCAAAAAGGAGGCUCGCUCCGAACAGUUAGGCAGCACGUAAAGAAAGAUCGCAGCGUGGUGUAAGGACCGGGCUUUGGUUUUAUCGCGGGGUCUUCCGCUUUGCGGGUCGGACGCCACGCCGCCCGCAACGCGUUUUGAAUGGCCUUCGCGUGUCCAGACCCCCGCGCUGUCACGUUCGCACCAAGGCGUUAAGCCGUGAAUUCCGAUCGAAAGUCAGAAUAUUAGUGCCGAUGUCAGGUUUGGUUCGCUAAGGCGCCUAGCGUCGCUUGCGUUCGUCCUCUGCCAGCGCGAGACCCCGGGGCAGCCGUGAGGCCGAGCGCUCGCGGGGCGGGCGAUGUUGAAACGCACUGCGCGGGCGCACGGGCCCGUCUCGAACGCCUCGCCGCGGGAUAGAACCCGAGGUCUGCGGUCGAGGCGCGCACAGGUCGCUCCGACACCGUCGAAAUCACAGCACUUUCACGCGAGACCGGAUUUGCGGCGCGCUAGCGGGGGUCAAUCUCGGACGUGUUGUGUGAACUUUUUCCGUUCUCUCCCGGUUGUGUUACAUGUGACCCCGACAAUGUGCCGCCGCCCCUUGCGGCCGGCCCGUGUGUUGUCCCCCGCUCCCCGCUCCCCGCCGCCCGCAUUGUUGUGUGCCCGUUUAGUACUUCUUUUAUAUAAUAUAAGCCCGGUACUAGCUGA